UUUACCCCCAAAACCCCCUUUUGUCUUUUGGAUUAUUCACGUGAUAUACGUUAAUAAUGAUUAACUAAAAUGUUCCUGUUCUUUAAAACAAAUUGGUUCUCUUCCUCGGAGACCGAUGGCUUCAAAUUUUCUGAUUGUGGUUUAGACAUUCAAACAAGGAAAUUCAAUUCUAAUGCAUCCAGGCAGGUCCCUGUUUAUAUCCCAAACAACGAUGUGAUGCAGAAAAAUUGUCCUACUUGUAUCUAUAUAUCAAGCUUAAACUGCACAAAUUAGGGUUCAGUUAUCAAGAAAGUUGCACAAGAGACUGGUGUCAUUUUUUGUGCUCUUACGGUUUAAUUUCACAUUAACUACAUGGCGAGUUCUACAAACAUGGCUAGAAUAGCGACAACUGUAAGGCCAGAAAUGAAUGUUGAGAUCAACAUGUCGACAGUUUCCUCGAAAAUUGUCUCCGAAGAAACGACGACUUCUGUAUAUGAAAAUGCCGGCCCCGUCACGAUUUUAUUCAUUCUCGGGGCCCUGGGGAACGCCGUUGCAGUAGGUGUACUGUGUUGUAACGUAAAGACCCACAAAUGGCGACCAUUUCAUCGCUUUGUAUGUGCGCUAGCUAUUUCUGAUGGAGGAGGGAUCCUAGCGUCCUAUCCUUUUGCCGAGUAUCGGUACAUUUCUGAGUUUAAAGUGGAUUUCUCGAAACCCGUGUGUGACUUCGUAGGAUUCGUCUUCAUGUUUACCUUAAUGUCGUCUGCCAUGAUCGUCUGCUGCAUGUCUCUCGACAGAUUCUUUGCUACUUUUUAUCCAUUUCAGUAUAACUCCCCAUCAAAAGGAUUCCGAACCAACGUAAUCUUAGCUAUUGUGUGGUGUCUUUCGGGAAUCCUCAGUAGUCUUCAUCUGUACGGACUGGGAUCCAGUAGGACCUUUUACCCUGGCUCAUGGUGUUUUCUGAAUUUUAUUGAUGUGAAUUCGAACAAUUCACAGGCCACUCAGAACAUCAUCUAUUCCUACAUCUACGCCCUUACAGGACUAGCUGUCCUCCUACUGAUGGUCGGAGCCAACACUGCCGUGGUCCUUUACUUCCUCAGAAACAGGUGCAUCUUGAAGAAAUCCACCAAAAGCACGAGAGACUUGCAGAUCAUUAUAUUUCUGCUUAUCAUCGUUGUCGUCUUCACUUCCCUCUGGUCACCUCUUAUGAUUAUCAUUAUUCAACAUGCCUCUGGAGUUAUUCGUGGAGAUGGCGAAACUGAACUCGUUCUACUGCGCAUGGGUGUGACGAAUUCCGUCCUCGACCCCUGGAUUUAUAUUCUUUUCCGAAAAGAAAUUCUCAUAUUGCUGCUUCGUGCUGUGGAGAUGGUAACAAGACGGAAGCUAAGCAUAUUGCAAAAACUUUCCCCAAAUCGCAGUGUCUGCGAUCAGCGGACUACAUUUAAUCGAUAAUAAGUGCAUAUAUUCUGAAAUAUUAACAUAGUACAUACAUACAUACAUAGUCAUUGUGAAAAACGAUUUGAAUGGGACUUUCAGAUUGAUAUUAACCAAAACUGAUUUAAUGUAAAUAAUUUACAUUAUUAUAUUUUUUACUUUAUGGCAGUCGUUCAUAACUAUAUAAUUAAUUAUUAUUAAUUCAAUAAGGUUGUAAAAUAUCAAUUGAGUAGCCAGGGAAAAUAUUUAAUGGUUAUAUAUAUAUAAAAUAAGAUAAAAUUCCCGUGUUAGAUCCUCUGUAAAUAAGUUUUCAAAGAUAUGGAUCGGAAAAAGUGAAAUCAAACUAUGAUUUUAACUCAUAUAUCAAUUUCACAUUAAAGCACAAAAGUGUUAUGAAUGUGCAAUGAAAUUUGUAAGAGAUAAUGAAGAGAAUAAUUCAAUAGUGCGAAAGUACUGUAUACCUUGCAAGGAAUGAAGACAUGCAAAUGAAUGGCAAUACCCGUAUUUCCCUCUUAAAACAAUUCGUUUCAGAAAAAAGUUUUCAGAACAAUGUAAAGAACAUAUAACUAUCGCGAAAAACUGUUGGAUUCGUUCAAGAGGAGGUGAAGGACAAAUUUUCGUCGGUGGGGAUUAAUGUGUAACUUAUCUUGCAUCUUACCUGUAUUAUCCUUGGCUAUUUUUUUUUUUUUUACUUUUUAUUCUUUUUUUAUAAAUCAUUCCAU